AUGAAAUGGAGUGCAAUUAUUGCAUCAUUUAUAUUACCUCAUUAUCUUUGCAUUUAUUUUAUUGUGUUUUUUUGUUGGUUUAUGGCUGAUUGGACAUGUAUUAUAGCACGGAUGGAAUCCAAACUUCAUCCACAACCAUAUCAUCGUUCAUUUCUUGUUCGUGUUAGUCAAUCGAUGCGUAUUAUAUUUGCUAGUUUGGGUUUAGUAGCAACUAUUAGACAUAUUUUCUUCAAAUAA